UCACCUGGACGAUAUUAUGGCUAAUAAUAAGGAGUUGAAAGAGAACAAAAUCGACAGUCACAUGGAAGUCAAAGUGGAACCGACCCUUCAGUGUUACGUCGAGGAGGAGCACGAGAACAGCUUUUCGAAUUUGGAGAAUGCCAGCACGAUUCCGUCGAGUGUCGACGUGGGCGCGUUGAACUUGUGGACCAGCAAGGCCACCACCUGCCUGAUCAGCCAGUACAAGAAGUAUCGAUCGUUGGUCGGACAAUCGACGCAGAUCAGGAGUCUACGAGAGAUGUUCGAGAUGAUAUCACUGGAGAUGCAGAAUUACGGAUUCUAUUUUAGUCCGCAGAAAUGCGAGAAUAAAUGGCGGGUUCUCGAGCGCAAGUAUAAAAACCUCGUGUUCCGCGAGCGGCUGAAAAAACCGGGCAGGAUGCGACAUUACGGACAGUGGGAACACAAACGCGCCUUGGAUGAGAUCUUCAAUGAGAAGAAGAGGCAUGUGUAUCUAGAGGCGAACGAGUUGCAGCCGCCAAGCGGAUCAACUAAUCUCUUGAUUCAUCCAAAACCAGGUUGCGAUCAAGGCAGCGACUCGCUUGACGAUCGACGCGAAGAUCCUUUAGCCCCCAUGACCAAUGAGAAAGACGGUGACACAUUGGAACGUAAGGAAAUUUUGACGUCAUUAUUCGAAAAAUUUAUAGAGGAAAUGGCAAAGAAUUUUGCACUGACUGAAAAGAACAAAGAGAGGCGGCACAAAGAGAAAAUGGCUGUGAGACAUAAGGAAUUGGAACUGAAAAAGCAGCUUCUCAAGCUAAAAGAACAGAAGAUGGAAUUACAAAGAUGUCAAAUGAUUGCUGCCGCACAGAACUUGCGUUUGAAUAUGAAAUGAUAUACGUCACUCGAUUU